CAAAACUUUCUCUUGUUCCUUAAAUAAGAGAACAACCCAAAACCUUUCCAAAAUACACGUGCAGCAAAUUGCUUACCCAAUCACCAGCCAUGGGAGAGGUUGACCCAGCUUUCAUUCAAGAACCACAACACAGGCCAAAUCUCUCCACCAUUCAAGCAGAAGGAAUUCCCAUAAUUGAUCUCUCUCCAAUAACCAACCACACAGUUUCAGACCCUUCUGCAAUUGAAAGCUUGGUGAAGGAGAUAGGACGUGCAUGCCAGGAGUGGGGCUUCUUCCAAGUAACAAACCAUGGAGUGCCACUCACUCUAAGGCAAAACAUUGAGAAAGCCUCAAAACUGUUCUUUGCUCAGACUCUGGAGGAGAAGAGAAAGGUUAGCAGAAAUGAGAGCUCUCCAAUGGGUUAUUAUGACACAGAACACACCAAGAACGUCAGGGACUGGAAAGAAGUCUUUGAUUUUCUAGCCAAAGACCCCACUUUCAUUCCUCUCACUUCUGAUGAACAUGAUGAUCGAGUCAAUCAAUGGACUAAUCAAUCACCUCAAUACCCUCCACUCUUCAGGGUUGUAACACAAGAGUAUAUUCAGGAGAUGGAAAAGCUGUCCUUUAAGCUGUUGGAGCUGAUAGCUUUGAGCUUAGGCCUUGAAGCAAAGAGGUUUGAGGAAUUUUUCAUCAAAGAUCAAACUAGCUUUAUUCGACUCAACCACUAUCCUCCAUGCCCUUACCCUGACCUUGCUCUUGGCGUCGGUCGACACAAGGACCCCGGUGCCUUGACCAUUCUUGCACAGGACGAAGUUGGAGGACUUGAAGUGAGACGUAAACGGGAUCAAGAGUGGAUUAGAGUGAAACCAACCCCAAAUGCUUAUAUUAUCAACAUUGGUGAUACUGUUCAGGUUUGGAGCAAUGAUGCAUAUGAGAGUGUGGAUCACAGAGUGGUGGUCAACUCUGAGAAGGAAAGGCUUUCCAUUCCGUUCUUCUUCUUCCCUGCACACGACACCAAAGUAAAGCCUUUGGAGGAGCUGAUAAAUGAGCAAAACCCUUCAAAAUAUAGGCCAUACAAUUGGGGCAAGUUUCUUGUCCACAGAGGGAACAGCAAUUUCAAGAAGCAAAAUGAGGAGAACAUUCAAAUUCAUCAUUACAAGAUAGCUUAAAGGGUAGUAUAUUAGCAGGAUUCCAGCGCCAUAUAGCUUAUGCAUAUAAAUUGGGUAUGAUAUCAUGAUAUGUAGCAGCGUUGAUCCAAGACAACGUUUCUGAUAUAAAUGACUGAGUCAAAUUUACUUCCUAGUGUGCCUUAAUGUAUGCAAGUAUCACCGAAUAAAACAACUAAAUUAUUACCAUUUA